AAGGGCAUGAAUCCUUUGAAUGUAUCCCAGACCCGCUUAGCCAUGCAAUGGCUGGAGAUGACGUCCAGAUCUUCGGGCUGCUGCGUGCCCAAGGCAUUGUCUACCAGCUGGAGGAAGCAGAGACCACCAUUGGUCGGGGAGAAGAAUGCAGCCUGGUACUGGAUGGCAAGGGCAUCUCGCGAAUGCACGCGCGUCUCAACUUCUCCCCGGAGCCGCGGCUCACGGACUUGGGCUCUGGCAAUGGCAGCUUCGUGAACGGCGCCCGGCUCAGGCCUCACCAGCCGCAGGCGCUGCAGCACGGGGACGUGGUGCGCAUCGCCUUUGCCAAGUGGACCUUCAGCUUCGAGCUCCCGAGGCCCGCGCGGCGGCCGCAGGCGGUAGAGACGGAGGCGCCCAAAGAGGCGCAGGAGCCGCGGAUGCCAAAGGAGCCCAAGACGCCGGAGAAGAAGGAGUUACAGGAGCCACGCUCAGAGACUCCAAGGGCGCCGGCGCCGGCGCCGGCUUACGUGCUUCCAAUGCCUUACCCGCCGUAUCCUUGGCAGGCGCAGCCACCUCCGCCACCGCCAGAGAGGCCCGAGGACGCGGAGUGGAAGAAGGAUCUACUGCAACGGCUCUGGCAACUUGAGGCCAACGUCUCCAAGUUGGCGGACGCCAACGCAGAGGUUUGCCAGGCGUUGCGCUCCAAAAGCGAAGAGCGACGAGCGGAGAAAGGCUACGAGGACGAGGUCUUCCAGGCCGUCUCUGCCCUGAGCGCUGCGGCCGAUCGCCUGGCUCGCCAGAGCGAUCGAUCCCCGGGCUCGCCGGGCUCGCCGCCGGUGUCGCCCCCUGCGGCGCCGGAGGAGCCAGAGUGGCCCAGAACGGUGGAGAAAGAAAGCAUCCGUGUGGACAGCCCGCCACAUGAAGAGCAGUCGCCCAAGUGGGAGAUUGUGCCAGUGGAGGAGGACAUGUUGUUAGAGGACAACUUCCAGACGGAGGAUUGGGAUGCGCUGAUUGCAGAGACCCAGCGAAAUCUGUCGCUUUACGCCAUGCUGUCCGGGGCCAAUGAGCCGGACUUUGAGAGCAAAAGCGUGUCAUCUGUCAGCAGCUCUUGCUGCAAGCAGCUCAUGUUCGAAGGGGCCAUCGGGGACUCCUCGUGCAUUCUGGAGGCCAUCCUGGGCGCGCUGGAGGAGUUGGAGAACCUGGGCUUGGGCAGCUCCAAAGUGGGGAACCACCGGCGGUGGCACGCCCUGGCGGAGGAGAUUGAAAGGCUCAAAGAGGAGGAGGUGCUGGAGCGGGAGUUCGUCGAGAAGCUGGAACAGGAGGAGGAGCUCCUGCGUGCGGAGGCCUUUGCCCCGGCCACGGCCGAAGAGUUGCUCUUGGAGCUUGACAGGAUGGAGCUGAAGAAGAAGCAGACCAAAGAGGAGCUGGAGCAGCUCUCUGCGGAGUUGAAGGAGAAGUCUCGGGCAGACUAUGCCAUGAAGCUGCACUCCCAUGCAGAAGAAGUUGCUGAUCGCCUACAAGAAGCUGAGAAUUCAGGCUGCGACCAGCGCUUGGCGCAACUCCAGCGGGUGCAGCGCUUAUUGCUUAUGGACGACAACGGCUUCGCGCUGGACGCGUACCAUGUCCCCAAGGUGGGCUCCGAGUUCACAGUGCCCGGCGGCACUAUGCCCAAGGCGAGCGAGCCCCGGGCCCCGCGGCGCUUUCCCGGCGGAGCGGCGGAGCCGUGGUUCUUUCUGUGGGCCCCCAACGAGGCUGGCAGCUUGUUCACCGAGGUGAAGCGCAAUGCCAAGUGGCCUGGGCCAGACCACUACAAGAAAGAGGGCAAGCCGGAGCCUGAGAGUCGGCCGUUUGGGCAGAAGGCCGCCUUGGGCCAGUCUGCGCCCCAGUUCCGUGGGCUUGGUCUACAGGCAAACCGGACAGGAAGGUUUAGCAAGCUGCCGCGGGAAGAUCCCAACGGCAAGAAGAACUGGCCUGCUGUGGGCCAGCCAGCCUCCUGA